AUGUCAAAGGAAUCCACGCCGGUGCCCAUUCUAUCGUAUAAGAAGCCGCUGCUGAAGGCUUCUAGUGCCACAGCUUCGAAUACCGCCUCUUAUCCCCAGCUGCCCCAACUGUCGAGUGCUGUGGCUAGUCCUAUAGUAUCAGCGCCAGGAACGCCGCUACUGGCAGCCACGCCCAAAUUAGGAGGGACAAGAAAAGUUUCAUCCCGUCGAAAGGCUUUGCAGGAGUACUACAAGUUGCAGGAGGCAGAGAGCCAGAAGCAACCGGAGACCGAGCUUCAUGGAAUAGGAAUCACUAUCACGGAGCCAGAAGAUACUGAAGGAGGACGUGAAGUCAUCCCUGGAAAUAAAAACCAAAAUAUUGCCGAUGGACAGGAUCCAGCUGGCAGCGAGAAAGAACAGAUUAGUGAAGUGGACAUCGAAAGUCUAAAAGAUGCUGGGGAGUUGGAGAAGUACAUUAGGACAGCCAGAAUAGAGGAGAUGUUGAGGUUGCGCAACCAGGCCGCCAAUAAACUCAACCACCAUGAUGUGGAGAAAAAAUCCAUUAUUUAUGACAAUUACUACGAGCUUAUCAAGCUCAGCCAGGUGUUGAGCAACCUCGACGUGUCUUCAGCGAAGACCAAUCCACUCAAUAUGGAGGAGAAGCCCAAGGUGACGGAUCAGUAUGUGAACGAAGUAUUGGGAGACCUCACAGAGUUUCUUGCUGGCGAGGGGACGAUCUUCAACCAAGAUUUUGAGCUGGUAGCCGAAACUAUCAGAGGAGGCAUGGACGAUGCCGAUUCGGUUGCCAGUGUUCGAGGCAUUGCAUCUUGA